AUGAUGUCCGGCAAAAGAAGUGAAUUUCAGUUCAUCCAUACAUCCCAACCCGGGGUCCCCGGGGUAGCUUCGGCUGAAAAGCAACGACUAGUUCACUCGCAUGCAGCCCGGGCGGCACAUGCCAAGGCGAGGCGACAGAGGCUCGUUGAGUACCGUGCCAUCAAAACUAGAAGUGGCUCGGAAGACGAAAGGCAGCCAUUCUCCACAGCGGCCGCCGAAACAGCGAUAGCCGUCAUCCCAAGCCCGCUGGGCUUCCUGGGGUCUGACCGGAGAGACCCCUUCGCAAGUUUUGCCAGGCGCCUCAAUCCGAUCGAAGAUUUUCUCCUAGACUACUACAUGGCAAAUGUUGUACCGUGUUCAAAUUUGCAACGCUGCCAGAUUAGCCAUCCGGAAAGUCGUACACAGCACCUAAACAAACAGUUCAUACAACUUGCCGCUACCAAUGCUAGCUCUCUGAAUGGUCUCUUUCUUGUGACAUGCCGCCAUCUGUCGCAAUGUCUACCGCACAAGGGGCCAUACUUUAUUCAACUCGCCCUUCAGUACAAAAUUGCUUGUGCGAGGUCACUAAUGGAGGCCAUAUCGUCUUCAGGGAUGCGCUCUCCGAUUAGCGAUUCGACCCUUGUAUUAGCCCUAUUCCUAGCACAUGACGACAUCCUGAUUGGCGAUGGCCCUUCGACUAAGAUACAUGUACAGGGCGCAAUCCAGAUGGCGAGGCAUAACAGCGCAUUACAGAAGACGGACCUUAAAACAUUUCCUUAUGACCUCAUUCAGAGAGACAUGUAG